UUUGUUUUGUUUUUGGAAAUUAAGACAGGCCGACAUAAAUAACGUUUGUUGUGCAGCUGACGAUUUACUAUGCAAUUCAAAUUUGGAAUCCAUCAAGUCGAAGGAAACAGCUAUGAUACUACUCCGCUGCUACACCACUAGAGCUCCGGCUCCUCGAGAGCACUAUGCCAGCAGUAGCAUUAAAAUAUAUCGUAAGGCUAGGGCGCCAAAACAGAAGCAACUGAAAAAUUCGGAGCCCACACCAGUUGCCGGUUCCAAGGCCAAUGAAUCUUUCCAGAAUCCGGUAAAAAUUCAAAUGAUUUCACAGAAUCUGCACAAGCAAAUCUUUCCCCAGUCACCACGUCGAAAUCUUGCAGAAUCCGUUGCUGCAGCUCGAGAUUAUAAAGCAGAUCUCCAUCGUCAUGGCAUUGACAUUGAUAGUUCCAUGCCCAUUGAAGAUGUGAAUCUUGAAUUGCCACCACUACAUGGUGAGAACAUUGAGGAGCAUUUCUACAACAUAGCCAAAGAACAGGUGAAGCCAUACGAGGAGUUGCUAUGGCCCCUAGUGAAGUGCAGAGAGCUGCCAAAUAAACCAAAGCGGUGGGCAUUUCAUGCCGGAUGGACUGCUUAUAAUCCCAUAGAUGGCACACCCGAGGCAGUUGACCAGCCACUCGAAAAAGGACUAAUCUUCGAUGUGGAAGUGUGUGUCAAGGCUGGCCAAGGUCCAGUAUUGGCCACAGCGGUCAGUACCGAGCGUUGGUAUUCGUGGGUCAGCCCAAAACUCACCAAACAUCGGAUGGGUGUCGAUCACAUGGAGGACAUGGAGCCUUGCGAUGGUGAUGUCGACACAGAGAGGCCCCAUUACACUUUAGAUGAGCUGAUACCACUUGGAAGCGGACCUGGUCUGAUAGUGGGUCAUAAUGUCUCCUAUGACAGGGCUAGAUUGCGGGAUCAAUAUUUGCUGGAGGACACACGCACUCGUUUUGUGGACACCAUGUCCCUGCACAUGUGUGUGAGUGGAGUGACCAGUUAUCAAAGGGCCAUGCUCAAAUCCAAGAAAGAGCCGGCUCCCGAGGACUUAGGUUGGCUGGAGCAGAGUUCCCUUAAUAGUCUGGUGGAAGUGCAUCGUCUCUACUGUGGCGGGGAGCCGCUGUCAAAGGAGCCCCGAAAUAUUUUUGUAGAAGGCACAAUGGAACAGGUGCGUCAAAAUUUUCAAUCUCUAGUGAAUUAUUGCGCCGGGGAUGUUGAGGCCACUUAUCGCAUACUUAGCCAACUUUAUCCACUAUAUGCAGAAAGAUUUCCACAUCCCGCAUCUUUGGCUGGCAUGCUGGAGAUGGGCUCAGCCUAUUUGCCCGUCAACUCCAACUGGGAGCGCUAUAUACACGAAUCCCAAUUGACCUAUGAGGAUCUGAGCAUUGAGGCCAAAUAUCACUUGGGUCGCAGAGCAGAGGAAGCAUGCUCCUUGCUCCACGAUGAACAAUAUAAGAAACAUCUUUGGCUUUGGGACGAGGAUUGGAGUGUCCAAAGUCUGAAACUAAAAAAGGCCCCUAAACGAAAGCCACUGCCCAAGAUGGAUGAGGAGUGCUCCUCGUCUCCUUUUCAGGCUAAAUUUCAGCAUUUAUAUGACCAGCGAGCUCUAUUGCCUGCACGUCGUCCUCUCCUGCCGGGUUAUCCACAAUGGUAUCGCAAACUGUGCCAAAAACCUCCUCUCCAGACCAGCGAGAGGGAUCUGCAAUCCGAAGAAGAAUGGACACCGGGAGCUACGGGAAUUAGCACAGGAAUGCAGAUUGCUCCGAAACUUUUGUCGCUCUGUUGGGAGGGUUAUCCCUUGCAUUACCUCAAGGAACAUGGCUGGGGUUUCCUCGUGCCCUUUCGUAAUGAUGCCCGCGAAUCCCAAGCGUUGCCCCUAGAGCAGCUUCUUCAACGUUGUCCGGUUCCCGAGUUUGCCCGCCACUGUGCCUCAGCUAAUGAGAGUGAACUCGCCUUGGAUGCACUCCCUCGAAAUUUAGAUGAGCAUCUUGGUAGACGCGAGUACUUCAAGAAAAUCUCAAAGCGUCAACAGAAAUUGGAAACGCAGUAUAAAGGCUCCGGAGUCUGGUGCAAUCACAUAUUGGAAAAUUCUUGCUUCUUCCUUAAACUGCCACAUAAGAAUGGGCCCUCCUACCGUGUGGGUAAUCCCUUGUCCAGGGAUUUCCUUAAUAAAUUCUCUGAAAAUGUUUUAAGUAGCGGCAAUCCCUCAUGCCAGGCCGCUGCUCGGGUCAUCGAGAUUGCCCGUAUGAUGUCGUACUGGCGCAAUAAUCGAGAUCGCAUUAUGAACCAAAUGGUUGUGUGGUUGCAGCGGGAAUGCCUUCCGUCAGGAUUGACAUCUCAUUUGCAACACACGUCGUACGGAGCCAUUUGCCCACAGGUGGUCGCUUGUGGCACCCUAACUCGUCGUGCCAUGGAGCCCACAUGGAUGACAGCCUCAAAUUCACGAGCCGAUCGCCUCGGCUCUGAGUUAAGGGCCAUGGUUCAGGCACCGCCCGGUUACCGUUUAGUGGGAGCCGAUGUGGACUCUCAGGAGCUGUGGAUAGCAUCGGUGCUUGGCGAUGCCUAUGCCUGGGGGGAGCAUGGCGCAACGCCCCUUGGCUGGAUGACUUUGAGCGGCAAUAAAUCGAAUCAAAGUGACAUGCACUCCAUUACGGCCAAGGCCGUGGGCAUUUCCCGUGAUCAUGCCAAGGUGAUUAACUAUGCCAGAAUCUAUGGAGCAGGUCAGCAGUUCGCUGAGAAUUUGCUGCAACAGUUUAAUCCCACUUUUAGUGCUUCGGAGGCCAAAGCCAAAGCCAUGAAGAUGUUUUCCAUAACCAAGGGCAAGCGAAUUUACAGACUACGCGAUGAGUUCCAUGACGAACUGGAGGAUAGACCCUAUAGCGGCUACGAGGCAACUCGCUUGGCUGUUCAACGAAACCGACCCAUAUCAGAGGUUUUCCAUCGUUCCAGUUGGCAGGGCGGCACAGAGAGCGCAAUGUUUAAUCGCCUAGAAGAGAUUGCCACUGAAGCGCAACCAAAAACACCUUUUCUCGGAUGCCGCCUCAGUCGAGCCCUUGAGGCAGAUACCGGCGCGGAUCAGGAGCAACGUUUUCUACCCACCCGCAUCAAUUGGGUGGUACAAAGUGGAGCUGUCGACUUUCUUCAUCUGAUGUUGGUCAGCAUGCGUUGGCUAAUGGGCAGCCAUGCCCGUUUCUGUCUAAGUUUCCACGAUGAAUUGCGUUAUUUAGUCCGAGAAGACAUGGCACCCAAGGCAGCAUUGGCCAUGCAUAUCACAAAUUUGUUAACCCGUUCGUUUUGUGUAUCCCGCAUUGGACUGAAAGACUUGCCCAUGUCAGUGGCAUUUUUCUCCUCUGUCGAAGUGGACACAGUGCUGCGUAAGGAGUGUUCAAUGGAUUGCCAAACACCAUCCAAUCCACAUGGUCUACGCAUCGGCUAUGGCAUACAACCAGGAGAAAGUUUGACCAUAGACAAGGCCAUUGAAAAGGCAGGUGGUCAUGAUCUAAGUCAAUGGAAUUGGAUUAGUAAAAGUUAAUUAACAUUAAAAAAAGUUAUUCUGACUGGAAUUGAAACUGCUUAGUUUAAGUUGUUGACUUAAUAUACUUGCUUAAAGAAUCAAGUCAAAAAGGAUAA